UGACAUCUGAAAAAACAAUGCUACGGCGACGUACUUAUUCAUCUGAUGGUGUUUGAACACGAAGCUCUGGUCGUCUAUCCACUCCUCCAUCAGCUGCGAACCAGAGCGUACUUUGGGCUUGGCAUUGGUGCCUCAGGCCACAAAGCAGCCAACCCGGAUCUAACCCGGAUUUCUCAACUCAACCUCGUUCAUUUUCAUGGCCACAGGCUUUCCACGAAUAUUAAUAUUAUUGCCCUCUUCUGGUCUAUCUAAUACGGAUUCCAGUCUCAUUCACGGCUGGCCUGGGAUAAUCCAGCAGGAUCGGCUCGAUCAUGCACUAAAAAUCGUUCUCCUUCACCUACCACCACCAUUUGGGGCAGGGUGUUAUUAUUCCUGGGCACGGUGGGCAGUGACUCAGUCUGACGGGACUCAUGGGAACAUGGUUUUGAGCGACUGUCCCCUCUCGCUAGCUGUGUCUCGCGCCGAUUCUUCCCAAGUUAUGCCGCCAACGUGGGUGACGAAACACGGUCUACACGGAUAUCUAGACGCUGCCCUAGGAACCAACAUCUCGAGAACUGUACUCUGGACCCAGGCCGGGUCGAACCGUCGAUAGAACAAAACAGGCUCUUGGGACUAGGAGAAUGCAGGGACCGCGAGGGCAGGCAUUCUCGAGUCAAAUAUCUACAUCAGAUGACUAGAAAGCACUUCUUAUGAGCAUAUCGACCAAUGUUUCGUCGCCAGUAUUCAGAACCAUAGCAACUAUAGAUGACUCGACAUCCCAAGUUAGUCUCAAGCACGCUCUG